AUGUUAUUAAAAAUUAUUAUAUGGUUGUGUGUAAAGUUGGUAAUAUCUGAGGUGAAGGAAGAUGUGAAUGAGAGUGGUGUCGUUGGAGAAGUGGUUAAUUUUAAAAGCGUAAUAGCAAAAGGAGGUGUAUCAACAUCAUUGUUGACAAUUGUACCAAAUUCUUCUAGUAAGUCAUCAAUACUGUUUUUGGGUGAUAAAAACUACUCAAUGGGUGUUGAUUCCUUUGGAAAUUUCUCAUUCAACGCUCAAAAUACACCAAUGCUAAUAAUAGACAAUAAUCAAACUAUUUCAAUGCAUAUGCCAACUUUUUCUGCCAAGUAUAUAAAUAAAUCUAAUAAAUGUGUAAAUAAUUAUAUAAAUAAAUCAUUGAAUGUGAAUAUGGAACUUGGAGGUGAUCUUAUCAUCCAAAAUGUGUCUCAAUUUAGAAUGAUUUGGAGAGAAGAUUUUUCAGAAUCUAAAGGCUGGAAAGGAACAGGUUACAACAAAAGAAUAAAUUUAUGUAUAGUUGGGAAAAUUGGAGUCUCAAAUUGUUCAGGUGUACAGAUGUUAGGAGGAUUUAAUUUCUUCUCAAGAGGAUUUGUAGAAAAGACUUUUAUCGAAUUACCAUCGCAUAAAGAACUUAGAAUUAGAGCUAAUUAUCAUUUUAUAGACCGUUGGGUAUGGGAUAAUUGGUAUAUAAUUCAUAGGUUGGUGAGACUGGAUAUAUGA